AUGAGAACUUAGAGAAUCAUACAAGUCAAGAUGCUUCGAGCUCUUUGAUUUGCUUAUAAUCUGAAUUUCAUUUCGUCAACAAAAAAAAAAACAACAAAAAAAGAUGAUCAAGCAAUGGUUUUCUUCCUAUCAAAGCCUCUUCAUAAUUUUGUUAUUACUAGUCUCGGUUCUCUAUAUAUUCUUAACCAAACGCACUUCCAAAGCACUGAAUCUGCCACCGUCCCCACAAUGGCUGCCGGUGAUCGGAAACCUCCUCCAGAUCGGACCACUCAUUCACCGUUCGUUAGACGCCUUAUCUAAGAAACAUGGCCCUCUAAUGCUCCUCAGGCUCGGUAGCUUCCCCACCCUCGUUCUCCAAUCCUCCCAAGCUUUCCAAGAGAUCAUCAGAAUCCACGACCCAGAUUUCUCAAACCGUCCCAUCUUCUACGCCUCCCACCUCUUUGCCUACAAGGCACGAGACAUUGUCUUCUGCCCUUAUGGUGAUGCCUGGAGGCAAUCCCGCAAGAUCUGCCUUCUCCACCUCCUUAGCAGCAAAAUGGUCAAAGAACUGCGUUCCAUUCGAGAUGAAGAGAUUGCGGAAAUGGUCAGAGAGAUCGACAGGUUGAUAGCCAGAGGAUCCAAGACGGUGGUGAAUAUCAACGUAUUGUUAUACGAUUUGGCUGUUAACGUGAUCUGUACAUCGGCUGCUGGCGGUAAAUCCUAUGUGGCGGCUUACAAAGCACUGUUGAGGGACGCUCAGAAAUUAGCGGCCCAGUUUUGCUUCGAAGAUGUAUUUCCAUGGCUGGGAUGGGUGGAUGGCUUGACAGGCUACAGAGCAAAUGUGAGACAUUCUUUUGGGGAUUUAGAUCGUCUGUUGGAGCAGAUAAUCCGUGACCAAUCCGAAAAAAUUGCAGCGAAUGUUAAGCCUCAUAGGAAGAACUUUGCGUAUGCACUUGUACGGUUGCAGAGAGAAGGGAAGCUUGACAUUGAGCUCGACCUUGAUAACAUCAAAGGAAUCUUACAGAGCAUGUUGGCGGCGGCAACAGACACAGUUCCAUCGAACAUGGAGUGGGCAAUGGCUGAGCUCCUGAGGCAUCCGAAUGUGCUCCGGAAAGCGCAAGAGGAAGUGCGAAGAGUGGUGGGAUCAGGCAAAGAGAGAGUAGAGGAAAGCGAAAUCGAGCAGAUGAAGUACCUGAAAAGCGUGAUCAAAGAGUCUCUGAGAUUGCACGGCUCUGGUAUAUACACGAGGGAGACUUCCAAAGACAUCAAGCUCUGCGGGUACGACAUCCCGGCCAAGACGAGAGUGAUCAUCAACAACUGGGCAUCGCAUAGAGACCCAACAAUCUGGGAGAAUCCAGAGGAGUUUAUACCAGAGAGAUGGGUUAGCUGCAUGGACGGGGAAGAGAUGAAAGGGAAGUACAUUCCGUUUGGGUUUGGGAGGAGGAUUUGCCCAGGAAUGAAUUACGCGGUGGCCAUGAUGGAAACACUAGUGGCGAAUCUGCUGUAUCUGUACGAUUGGGAGCUGCCGGAGGGGGUGACGCCGGACAAUAUGGAUGUGUCGGAGAAAUUUGCGCAGGCCAUUCACCUUAAACACCCUCUCAUGCUCGUUCCUCUCAAGCCUUAAUUCUUACCGCGUCCCAAAUGUAUUAAAUAAAAGCGUGGGCUAUGUGUAUGUCUUUUGAAGGCCAUCGACUGCUCUGCUUCCACGAAAAGUUGUCUGUCUCUUCCUCUCAAUUCUACAUCUCUCAGUUUCUACAAUCUU